UUAAUCAGAGAAACUAUGUCUGUAGUUGAGAACAUUCCUCACGAACCGAGAGCCAAAAGGCAGAGGAUCGAACCAAACGAGCCAGCGUCUUCUAAUACUAGAUGUCGCCACUGGUUUGUUCGUUACGGAAUCUGCACCACCUGCAGUUCAUCUGUUGACAAAGACCAAGGCCAAGCAUUCAAUUAUCUUUUAGAUGGUCUACAGCUAAGCAGCGAGGCUGUCGCUGUAACAAAGCACCUUACCACACUAGUCUCUUGUUCCAACGAGAAAAAACUACACUUAGUGCUUGACUUGGACCACACGCUUCUCCACACCACUCGUCUUCCAUGCCUCACCGAAGCAGAAAAGUAUCUAAUCCAAGAAGCGGGUUCAAAUACAAGGGACGAUGAUCUACACAAGUGGCAAGCCCAAGGAGAAAAUCCCAUGGUGUUCUUGACAAAGCUAAGACCUUUUGUUCGAGGUUUUUUGGAAGAAGCCAAUAAGUUGUUCACAAUGUAUGUUUACACAAAGGGCAAUCGCGAUUACGCUAAAUUCAUCAUGAAGCUUAUUGAUACGAAGAAAAUCUAUUUCGGUGAGAGAGUGAUAACAAGAGACGAGAGUCCUUAUAUGAAGACGCUUGAUUUGGUUUUGGCUCAUGAGCGAGGUUUGGUGAUUGUGGAUGAUACACGUGAUAUUUGGCCUGAUCACAAGAGUAACUUGGUUGAAAUUAGCAAAUACAACUAUUUUAGGAUGAACAAGAGCCAACAGUCACAGCCAUACUCUGAGUUGAAGACUGAUGAAAGUGAAAACAAUGGUGGAUUGGCCAAUGUAUUGAAGCUACUCAAAGAAGUUCAUUGUGAAUUCUUCAGAGUCCAAGAAGAAAAGGAGUUAGAGUCUAAAGACGUGAGGUUGCUCCUACAAAGAUAG